AUGUUCGCCCUCCUCGAGACCCUGCUCGACUAUAACAACCACGUCACGCUGUUCCAGCGUAUGAUGUUCCUGUUGUCCUUCUGCCUUUCCGGAAUCAUCCUCGCAGUCCAGGCUUCUCAGGCCGGUGAACCAGAUCAUCAACGCAUCAGGUGGACUCGUCUGACUGACCAGAGCCGUCCCUACUGGUACACCUUCUACGUCACCCAAGUCUUCCUCUUCGUCUCCGGCGCGUACCCCAUGCUCUACGACAAGAUGACCAUGUACAUCGGCAGCGGCUAUGAGGCCCAGAUCCUCAACGUCAUCUGGGUCGGUCUUUUGAGCGUCGAGGCUCUCAUGGUCGCCGGCGUCGCUGGCAUCGCCAUCACCCGCAAGUUCAAGGGCGCCCCCAAGCAGAAGACCAACUAG